AGAAUUCUCCGGCUCGUUAUAAGAAGACGCGUAGGCGAUCGCUUCGAAACAGUCUUUGCCUGCCACUCCGGCCGUUUAUAUCUGGAUUUUGUAAUUCCCGACUUUUGGAGUAGUCCUCCGAGUAUAACCCCCAAAUGGGCGUCAUCUACAAGAUACUGAAGCAGCAGCGACGGGGCAUGGAUCUCAGCCUCAGCUCGGCCACACGCUGCAAGGUGCAGGCGGCCAUCAAGCAGCGCCAGCAGCAGCGCCAGGAUAAGGAUAACAAGGAUCAGGAGCAGGAGCAACAUAAAGAGGACUUGGCGGAGCAGCAGUUGCAGCAGCUCUGCCGCUUUUUGGCCGAAAAUGCCAGUCGGAAGAAGAGACAACGUUGCCUGAAACUACAAUACCCCUGCGAGAGUCCCGACCAACCCGAUCCAGAUCAAGAUUCCCCAGAAACCGAGGCAUCUCCCGGAAAGGAGCAGUUUCUGCCCCAAUCCCCCGACGAGAUGGAUGUGGACUUCAUGGAAGAACUGCACCAGACCACGUCGCAUCCUGCAACCGCCACCACCGCUCCUCGGGACAGCAUCCUUCUGAAGAUACGCCACCAGAUCUUCGAGAGGAAGCGGCAGAGACAGCGCCAGUUGGCGGAAAUUGUCCAGCAGCGUUUGGUGGUCUGGCGACCUUGGUAGAGAGUUCUUCCGGGAAUCCUGCCAAGAAUUCUUCCGAGAAUUCCUCCACGAAUUCUCCAAGCGAUAGAGAAAGAGAGAACUGAGAACUAGUCUUAGGAUUUUUUUUUUUGUAUAAGAAGAUAAGAACGCUUUCGGUAUUAUUCCUGAUCUUCCAUUUUUUCUCUUCCCGCUGCCAUUUUUUUUCUGUUAAUUUUAGUUUUUUUUUUUAAGCCAAUUAUGUAUAUUUUUUAACUUUAUUUUUUACUAAAUAUAUAAAAACCAAUGGUCUCCAAUUAAAAAGUCUGGUAUUAUUUUUUUUUUGUAUUUUUAUUCAUUGAACUUUGACACCAAUUAAAAUUGUUCGUUUUUGGUUUUUUGGUAUUUUUUGGAUAUUUUGUAAGUUUUUGCUUAUUUUUUUGGGUAAGUAAUGCAUGCUUUUCGUAAUAUUUUCCACUGCUCUUUAGUUUUUAAUGGUUUCUUGUAUCUUUGGUGUCUUAAAUGCCUUAAAUAUUUACUUUUUUUUUAAUCUUCUUGGCUUUGUGAGCUGAGCUCUGAAAAACACAAAAAAUUAAGAACAAAAUCUGAAAGAAAAAAUUAGAAAAAUAAAAAAUACAAAUUAGAAUUAAAUUUUUGUUCCUAUUCGUUUUUUAGGUCCUUGGAAUAUCAUUAUAUUUUUGCCUUAUUUUAUAGGGCCUUGAAAUUAUCUUUUAAAAAUUAAGAAAAAAAAAAUUUAAAAUUAUUUCUUGACUUUUAAUUAUUUUUUCCUUAAUGCCAUGCAAUUUUUGUAUAUUUAAUUUUUUUUUUUUGGUAAAUAGACAUCAUUAAACAGUUUCCUUCUUUUUUUUUAUUUUUUAAAUCCUAAGGUACACACAUUUAGUUAAUUUUUAAUUUUUUUGUUUUUACUACACGUGCUGCAAGGGAUAUUCUCAGGGACAUUUUUGGGGAUAAUUUGAGGGAUAUUUUUUUUUUUUU